AUGGAGCCCGUCACUGGUGAUGUUCACCGCAAUCUCCAAUCCCCUGAGAAGGGCGAUCACAGCCUGAAAGCUAUUCCAAUUACACUACGAACAGUCGUUAUGGCUAUGCUCGUUGCAAUGGGAGGAUUUAUCUUUGGGUACGACACUGGACAAAUUUCUGGCUUCUUGGAAAUGAACGUGUUCUUGGAGAGAUUCGGUCAAAGAAGUAAUGAUUUAGUUACCAACCCUUCUGGUUAUUACUUCUCUAAUGUACGAUCUGGAUUGAUCGUUGGCUUGCUGUCAAUCGGUACUCUCAUCGGCUGCCUAAUCGCUGGACCAAUGGCCAACCGAUUCGGACGAAAAUGGUGCGUGCCAGUAAUGUGUCUCGUAUUCUGCGUCGGUGUCGUGGCACAAAUAGCAGUCGGAACGGGAGAUUGGGUUGGAAUUGCCAUGGGACGCUGGACAGCUGGUCUUGGAGUUGGAGGUCUCUCCGUUCUCGUCCCAAUGUAUAUGUCUGAGACUGCUCCCGUCCCAGUCCGAGGUGCUGUCGUCUCCUGCUAUCAACUCUUCAUCACAAUCGGCAUCUUCACCGCAGACUGCAUCAACUACGGCACCGAACACUACACCGACACAGCCUCCUACCGCAUCCCCAUGGGCGUCGGCUUCAUCUGGGCCCUCAUGCUCGGAAUCGGCAUCCUCUGGCUACCCGAGACUCCUCGACACGACUGGAACCACGGCCGUUCAGACCGUGCACGCACAACCAUGGCCAAAUUCUACGGCCUCCCCGAAUACCACAUCAUGAUCGAGACCGAGACUGCAGAAAUCGAAAAAGUAAUGCAAGCUACCAAAGGCGACCACCCCUGGUAUGAAGCCAUCACCGGUCCGCGGAUGUUCUACCGCGUCGCCCUCGCCAUGUCACUGCAAAUGCUGCAACAGCUCACGGGAGCAAACUACUAUUUCUAUUACGGUACCACGAUCUUCAAAGGCGUCGGCCUCUCCAACUCCUACGUCACAGCCAUGAUCCUCGGCGGCGUCAACGUCGGCGCGACCUUCUUCGGCGUCUGGAUGGCCAACCACUUCCGCCGCCGCGAAUCCCUCUACAUCGCCGCGCUGUGGCAAUGCAUGUGCUUCCUAAUCUUCGCCUCCGUCGGCCAAUUCAUGUUCAAAGACGCGCCCGAGGGCUCCGCGACCGCCAAGACCGCGGGCUCGGUAAUGAUCGUCUUCGCCUGUCUCUUCAUCGUCGGCUUCGCCACUACCUGGGGCCCGCUCGUCUGGGCUUGUAUUGGAGAGAUGUUCCCGUAUCGCUAUAGAGCGGUGGGCAUGGGUCUCGCGACGUCGGCGAAUUGGUUCUGGAACUUCAUGCUCGCGUUCUUUACGCCCUUCAUCACGGGCGACAUCGAGUACGCGUACGGAUACGUGUUCGCGGGCUGCAACCUGGCGGCCUUCUUCGUGGUGUUCUUCUUCCUGAUUGAGAGUUCGGGGAAGACGCUCGAGGAGGUGGAUGCCAUGUAUCUAUUUCACGUUAAUCCGAUCAAGAGCGCGGGGUUUACGUUUGAUGAGGAGACGAGGAAGAGUAUUGGAGGCGGACAGCUGGGGACUGAUGCUAUGCAUCUGGAGGGGCGGGGCAGGAAGAUGAGGAAGGUCGCGGAGGCGGGGCAGGGGGGCGUUUUCCAUGAUGAGGGGAAGGUGUCGCCGGUGGAGGGGGCGAGUCAUGCGACGGAUCAUACGAAUGGAGGACUGCCGGUUGCGUCGACGGGCGGGAAUGGGUUUAAGCAGGAGUUGUAG